UCUCACAAAGCACAGAGGAUAUAUAUUUAUAUAUAUAUACUACUAAGGGUGGGGAGGUCACCCAUGGGAAGGAUUUACCUGGGACUCGCCGCCGCAAGUUGCACCUUGUAAAGAUGGGCUUCCCUUUCUCCAUCCUUAUCAUCCAGAUGUUACUUUGGACUCUCUUGCUUGUUGCUGACUGGUGCUCAGGACUCCAUGCUGAAUCCAUCUUAACACCCGGCCUACCCAUUACUAGUGUGUCUCUGAACGAUGAUGAGGAGGGGGUCAUGUCUUCUUCAAAAAAACACCCAGGAGAAUCCUGUGACUUUAAGACUCAUUGUCCUUGGAUAUCAUCUUCAAGUAUGGAUGGCAAACCACACUGGGUGCAAAUAGUAUUCGGGGAAUUAACACCACAACAACAGGAACGUCUAUUAGAGGACAAGCCUACAGCCGGAAAACUUGAUGAUGGGAUCCUUUAUCUGAACACAAGUCAGAUACAGUCACAAGAAGCUUGUGUUUUGUCACAACUGCGAAGUCCCUUGUAUCCCAAAAGUUCUAGAAUCUGUCAGCUGGAUUUGUCCCUGUAUUCCACAGAAGAGUCCGCAGCGCAAACUUUAAUGGUUACUAUGCAUGAGAAGAAUCACAGUGUAACAUUACCACCACUCAAGGAUAUAGCGCUUGGCAACAGGUCCCACUGGAAGCUGUUGAGCACGAAUAUUGGUGAAAUAGACGGACCCUUUCACAUCACUCUGAGUUACACCUAUUGCACUCAGAAGGCCGAGAGCUUCAUAAUUCUGAACAGUGUCCGCCUGAGAAACUGCUUUGAUGAUCACGAAGAAGAUUUAUCUACAUGUCCAUGGGAUUCAUCGUUCCGUUGCGAUAAUGGGGAAUGUAUUGGUCAAGUACAGGUGUGUGACUUUCAGACGGACUGCUCAAGAGGAGAUGAUGAGGGAUCAGUAUGUGAGAAAAUUCUUCCCCAAGGUGCCCACUGCACCUUUGAGAAAGGAACGUGCGGAUGGACUGUAAACGUCACCGGGGGUCAACAAUGGAAACACACAAGCUCCGGCCAGAUAAAUCGUGGAGACAAUGUACACCUGGGGGAUAUUGAAGGUAACUUCCUCUACCUAUUAGUUGAUACUGGGCAUAAUGAUAGCUUUGCAAGUGUUCACAGUGACAGUCUACCCCCCGUGGUUGCUGAAAAAGCCUGUCAGUUCACAUUCAAGUUUCUAGUCUAUGGAAACUUCAAUGGGUCCCUAGCAGUGUUUGCCCACGAAGAAAACACUAUGAAAAGCUCGAAGUUAUGGCAAGUGGAAGGAACACACAGUGCCUGGUCUACAGCUACGGUGACGAUUCCCCAGUAUAAUAACAGAUUUCAUGUCCAGUUACUGGCUACAUGGGGCUGGAAUUCAUUGUCACAUAUGAUCGUUGAUAAUGUCACCUUCUCUGCUGACUGCUUUCAUUCCGGAAGAAUAGAAAUUAGUUCUGAAGAACAAGAUGGAUCACACGAGAUAGAUCCUUGGGAAGAUGACAUCCUGAGCCCUCUGUCAGAACCUAUGUACACAGAGGAUGAGGAAGAAAUAUUUUGGAUAUUUUCCUCAUGUGGCGCCAGAGGACCUAUUGGUCCAACACAGACACAAUGUAACAACGCAUACCGCAACAAAAACAUUUCCGUGGUUGUUGGAAAAGAUGGUCCUCUCAAAGGAGUCCAGAUGUGGAAAGUUCCGUUUACCAAAGUGUACACAAUAUCUGCCUAUGGAGCAGCAGGAGGUAAAGGAGCCAAAAACCACAACAAGCGUUAUCAUGGCAUCUUCAUGUCUGGCGUGUUUCACCUAGAGAAAGAUGAGCUUCUCUAUAUCCUAGUCGGCCAGCAAGGCGAAGAUGCGUGUCCUGGGAAUAAUAAGACCCAAGAAAUAUGCAUGGGAGAGUCCUCCAUCAUUGAGGAUGAAUACGGAGAGAAGAAAACCCUCUCAGAAUGGGCUGGAGGAGGAGGUGGUGGUGGGGGAGCUACUUACAUAUUCAAGGAAGUAAAUGGUGUGUUCAUACCAUUAUUGGUGGGGGCAGGAGGAGGGGGUAAAGCAUACUUAGAAGAUCCAUAUGAUUCUUCAGACUUUGAACAACUGGAGACAUAUGAAAGGAAUAUGGCGGUUCCUGGGCUGAAUGGACAGAGUGGAGCAGCAGGUGGGGGCGGUGGCUGGAAUGACAUUACUCAACUACUGUGGGCUGGGAAAUCUCUUAUUGAAGGGGCAGAAGGAGGACAGUCAUGCUACAAGGCAAGAGCCAGCCUUCAGUGGGACACCCAUGGAGGUUUUGGUGGUGGAGGAGGACCAUGUACUUCUGGAGGUGGAGGAGGAGGCUACAAAGGAGGAGACGCUUCCCAGCUGGAUGAUAUUUCUGCUGAUGGCCAGGAUGGCGUUUCAUUCAUAAAUCCAUCUGGAGAAAUGUUUCUCCAGCCUUUGGCCGCGAUGGAGAAUGACGGGGAAGUGCGGAUCGAGAUGUUUUUGAACUGCAGCCACUGCAAAUCUGGAAACUGCAAGAAAGAUGCUGAGCGGAGGGUUGUGUGUCUUUGCGAGCACGGCACCAUGCUGGGCAGCGACAAUGUCACGUGUAUAGGACCCAAAGGACCCAUUCCAGAGAGACAGCUCUCGCUCCCACUAAUUUUAGCCGUUCUUAUUGCAACAGUCAUUCUAGGUGUAAUCUUUGCCUGUGGAAGCCUGUCAUUUGUUUACCACCGGAAGAAGAAGCAGCUAGAAGGAGCCCGGGUGCGACUACAAAGCACAGAGUAUAAACUAAGUAAAAUCCGCAGUUCCAUUAUCAUGACUGACUACAACCCUAACUACUGCUUUGCUGGGAAGGGAGCUGGUUUAAGUGAAUUAAAGGAAGUUCCCCGGAAGAAUAUCACCUUGCUCAGAGCUCUUGGUCAUGGUGCCUUUGGUGAAGUUUAUGAAGGACUAGUGGUUGGCAUUUCUGGUGACCCCAAUCCUCUACAAGUAGCUAUUAAGACUCUACCAGAAAUCUGCUCGGAGCAGGAUGAAAUGGACUUUCUUAUGGAGGCCCUUAUAAUCAGUAAAUUCAGUCACCAGAAUAUCGUGCGCUGUAUUGGAGUAAGUCUGCAGACCCUGCCCCGCUUCAUCCUGCUGGAGCUAAUGUCUGGUGGGGACAUGAAAACUUUUCUCCGGCAAAACCGGCCACUGGUGAACCAACUAACAUCUUUAACAAUGACAGACCUGCUGAAUAUGGCCAGAGAUAUUGCCUGUGGAUGCAAAUACCUAGAGGACAACCAUUUCAUUCACAGGGAUAUUGCCGCCAGAAAUUGUCUUCUGACCUUCUCCGGCACUGGACGUGUGGCCAAAAUAGGUGACUUUGGAAUGGCUCGAGACAUUUACCGUGCAAGCUAUUACCGUAAAGGAGGGAGGGCUAUGUUGCCUGUAAAGUGGAUGCCCCCUGAGGCUUUCCUGGAGGGAAUCUUCACUUCUAAGACGGAUACCUGGUCUUUUGGUGUGUUGCUUUGGGAGAUCUUCUCAUUAGGUUACAUGCCAUACCCAUGCAAAACUAACCAAGAGGUACUAGAGUUUGUCACAAGCGGUGGACGCAUGGAUCCCCCAAAGAACUGUCCUGGACCAGUCUAUCGAAUAAUGACACAGUGCUGGCAGCACACACCGGAUCACCGGCCUAACUUCUCUACCAUCCUGGAGAGAAUAAUCUACUGCACGCAGGAUCCUGAUGUCAUUAACACCGAGCUCCCUGUGGAGAGCGGCCCACCUCCAGAAGAUGAAGGAAGUACAAUAAUGCGACCAAGCAGCUGUAAUGGGAUGACACCCUUAGUGGGCAACACAUCUCUUCCUCCUUUGUUGGACACACAGACCACGGAAAACAAGUUGGGUGAUCUUCCUCAGGAAUUACUGGUUGAAAACCUAGUGGGCUGGAAUAUCUCACAUCCAGGCUUACCGUGUGUUACAGAAGCCCCAGAAAGUUCAUGGGUCCAACCAAACCCAAACCCAACAACAGAGACAAAAUCCCAAAUGACCCACAAACUAAAGAACAAAUCUAAAAAUCUUUGGAACCCAACCUAUGGUUCGUGGGUAAUGGAAAGCACUUGCUGACUUUUUAACAUCC